AUGUCAUUCUGUUGUUUUCGUCGCAAGUCCAACAAGAAACUGCCACCAGAAGCAUCAGAGUACCCACUAAAUCGAAUCGAGCGAUCCGAAAGUUCAACCGCUGGACAGCCUAGUCAGCCCUCUCUGUCAAAUGUGUCUACACAAAACGAUCCGUCUGCGCCAAAGGACCCCACACCGUCCCAGAUCGAUUUGUGGGGGAAGGCCGAGCUCAAGUUGCGAGAGGACCCAAAGACAAAAGAGAUCAUGGAAAAUGCUUCGAGAAUCUUCAAAAACGAGCUAGACAUUAGAGAUGACUCGGAUAUUCGCCAAAAGCUCGCCAGCUUCUUUAAGGACAGAUCCCACAAACCUACCUCCCAUCCUCGGAUUCGAAAGCUUUUCAAAACAAUGUUGGGGGCGAAGCACAGCUGCAUCUUCAAGUCUCGCAGCAGGAAUUGCCUGUGCUGGGCUGAUAAUUGUCCUAGAGAGUCAGACAAGCUCCUUGAAGGUAUUGAGAAGACAACAGCUUUGAUUCCUCGCAUCGAUGAGAUGCAAAGAAAAUAUUCUAAAUCAGAUGACUCCACAAACCUCAUGACAGGAUUCAACAAAAUUCUGACGAGUCUUUGCGCCAACGUGCUGGAAUUUCAGGCCAGAGCGUCGUAUUACCUUGAAAAAGGCGCACCAGCUCAGAGAGUCCGCAACAUGUUCAAACAGGAUACCUGGACAGAGUUGAUUCAAAGGAUAGAGUUAUCUGAAAGCGAAGCGAGGAAGCUUGGAGGCCUAAUUGGAGAGCGAGAAUCGGAAGAGAGAGUCCGGAACGAAAAAAUCAACAAAUUGUUGCAAACGCUAGACACCUGCCAAUAUCAAGACCGCAAAAAUCGAAAUGUCGACCGUGUUCUCGGGACCUGCGAAUGGUUUACUGAGCACGAGCGCUUCAAGGGAUGGCGGGAUGGUUGUGAAUCUCGUCUUCUUUGGGUCUCCGCCGAUCCAGGCUGUGGGAAGUCAGUACUUGCCAAGUAUUCGAUUGAUGAGGUGCUCCCAGCACCAGAUCGGGCGGUCUGUUAUUUCUUCUUCAAAGAUGAUUUUGCAGAUCAAAAGACCGCCACCAGUGCUCUUUCGAGUAUUUUACGACAACUUAUCGAUGUUCGACCUUCUCUUGUCACGAAUGCAAUUCUGCAAACCGCCGAGAAAGAUGGAGAAAGCUAA